AUGGCGCGCCCGCCAUCGCUCCAAAGCGACGGCGCAUCUUCGACACACCACGUCCGCACCGAACCACGCCUCCUCAAGGCCAUCGAAGAGCGCCACAAUGACGCCGCCAUCGCCAUUAUCGAAGACGCGAAAAUUCAUUCAAAGCCCAUCGAGCACCUCCUUCGCAUCGGACUCAUGCGCGCCUCGGAAAGAGGAAACAUCCAGAUAGCAGAAUAUCUCUUGAAGAACGGCGCUAAAGCGAACGGCGCACCAGGAGGCAGAGUCAGUCCGCUGCUUCGCGCAGUCGAGAAAAACGAUGUAGGGAUUGUGCGAAUUCUUCUUCGUUUCGGUGGCGACGUUGAUGUAUGCGACAAGCAAGGGCGCACCGCGCUAAUGACGGCCGCUUGGAAGAAUCAUUGGCAUGUUCUGGAUGAGCUCCUGAAACGGGGCGCGGACGUCAACAGGAAGGAUAACAAAGGGCGGAACGUGCUCCACAAUCUGGCUGCGGACAAACAUUGCAAUUGGGGCAGUAGUGUGAUUGAGCUGCUGCUGAGGACGGGCGUUAUCAUCGACGGGGAGAAGGGACAGGAUGAGACGAAGAGGACACCGCUGCAUUGGGCGGCGAGCACGGGGAAGAAGGAACUUUGCGAGAUGCUUUUGACAAGGCAGAAGGGGCCGCGAGCGGACAUCAAUGCGGUGGAGGGGAAAGAGAAGACAGCAUUGCAUUUGGCGGUUGCGCAUGGGAGGGAUGACAUUGUGGAGUUGCUGGUACACUAUGGCGCGAACGUCAAAGCGAGAAGUGAUGGCAAGUGGACGCCCUUACACAAUGCGUGUCAGCAAGGCAGUGUUAAAAUAAUACGGAUACUACUGGGUGCAGGUGCAGAGAUCAACGCCAGGCUUUUGAACGGCAUGACGUCCCUUCACAUCGCGGCGCAGAAUGACCACCUUGACGUCGUUCAGUGCCUUCUCGAGCGCGAGGACUGUAAGCGCACGGCUCGUGAUGCGUUCGGCAUAACCCCCUUCAUCCUCGCGGCAAAGCAGAAGAACAAGGACAUCGUCAAUAAGCUAGCUCCCUUCAACCAGCUGGAAACACUGAGCAAAGACGCUUUGUGCGCCUGUCAGGGAUUCAGCGGGACGAUUGUCGACUUUGGCAACUUCCACAACGAAAAUCGCGUCACGAAGCGAAGCGUCUUCGAGAUCCUCUACGGCAAGGAUCCAAAUAAUCCGCGCAAACCAGCUUUUACAGUGCUACCUAAGCAGGACAAGGCGGUCGAUUUCCGUUGGAUUCAUCUACCUGCCAACAAUCUAGCAUGGGUAGAAGCGCUCCUGACGAAAGCGUUCGUGGAGGAAGGCGCGCACGAUGUGCCGGGUUACAUUGCCCUGGAGAGCAGUUUUGCUCAACAGCAUCGCGGACAGCAGGUCCAUUCACAUUUCAUGCGACCCUUAUGUCAGAGCAUACCGCGACAGACUAAGCUGCAAGACGAUUCUGAUUUGUCGGACAGCGCAGACCAUGGGCCACCAGCGAUCGUUGUCAGUCAGGGUAGUGAGAGUGGUUUAGGUAUUGAUACCGCGUCUGGGUUCCAAGAGCACCAUCCACCGCCAAUACCAAAGUCGCCGGUCCGAACCGGCACCGUGAGUACGGACCAAACAGAUUGGACAGUCGGCACAAUGGGAUCAGGGUCAGGGAAGGAAUACAAGCCGCAUCAAAAGAAGGAGAAGCAGAAAAAGACACCAAAAUGGAGUGGUAACAGGCAAGCUGGAGGUCGGUCGGGCGGUACCGACACACCGUCGCGACGUGGCGAUAACCAGCGACCCAGACAAGCUAGCACACCAUUAAGCGGCAGUCGUGGCAGUCUGCUCCGGUCACCAGGUAGCCCUGGCCGAAAGGAAACUUUGCUGACAGCAAAGGGAAACAUCUUUACCUUCAUGCCUUACCUGCAUUUCGAGACUAACACUAAUAGACAAGAAAUGCAGGAUGCAAUUGCGCGCGCACAGUGGCUAAAAGAGAAGGAGAAGGAGAAGAAUGAGGGCUUGAUGAUCAAGCCUAGAUUGAAGAAAGCGGAGACUUACGAUGAGAUGCUGUUGAGGGCACAUCUAGGGAGCUCGACCGUGAGCCUGCACGUCAGGAGGACCCUUGAUCAGUUCUUCUACCACAACAUCGAUACGCGAUCGAGAGAUCAGGAUCAAGUGGUCUAUCGCUAUCAAACCAGGAGAAUGACAUCUGAGGAUAGCGAGGUCGAUCCAAAAGUUUUCAUGGUAGACCAGCUAUGGAUGUGGAUUUUAGGCAAGGAUUUGAUAGUGACUGCCUUUCCACAACGGUGGCAGCAGCCGAGGAACGAUCCUCUGAACGUUUUGGAUGGGAUCAUCGAGAACAUCAAUAGCAAUACCCGCGAACCAGUCCAGUCGGUGUACGAUCUGGCUAUGGUAAUUACGAAUAGAUGCUCUGGUGUCUUUGACCGCCACCGCAUGGGCGACGAGGACUAUCAGUUCUUGGACAUGUUCGAAUCGUCCAUUGGCGAAGCGACCGAAACGGAGACGCGUCUCUUCGAAGACUUUAACGCCGCUUCCAAGAAAGCAUCAGCUUGGCUCCAACACCACCGCCGACCAAACCGCUUUUCGCGUCACCUCGAAGCCGAAAUUCGGCACCUUGAGCACAAGAACAGGCGCGGUACACACUCGCACUCACACCGACAUGCUCUUGCCGACCCGCCAAUCCCAGAGGAAGAUUUCCACGAUGAUGACAUGGGGCCAACACAUUCUCCCCUCUUCGUCGAUGAGCUCCUCGAUAUCGGUGCCGAAACCGACCUCCUCACUGAGAUCAAAGACAUUCGGGACGAAAUCGCCAUGAUCACCAAAGUUCUCGAAGACCAGCGCACCGUACACGAAGCCAUGGAACCCUGCAUCAUCGAGAUCUACCAGAAAGAGCACCGCCGUCAGCAAGACCUCAAGCGCCGCUUCAAAGAGCAGGGCACUUUGCUGAAGAACCACGUCAGCGACCUUGAGCGAAUGGACAAACAAGCUAGCCGUAUCUACGAGAGCAUCACGGAUCUGUUGGAUCUGAAGCAGAAACACGCCAACGCGUUCGAGGCACGGUUUGCCCGUGACCAGGCUGCCGGUACAGCCCGCCAGAGCCAAACCAUCAUGGUCUUCACCAUCGUCACCAUUAUAUUCCUCCCACUCAGUUUCAUCGCCGCACUCUUCACCAUCAACGUCCGCGAGUUUCCGCACCUACCCGGUGGCGACCAGCCCAGUCUGCCGCUCACCUACGUCGGCAAAUUCAUGUUUGGGAUCGGAUUCGCGAUCUCUAUUCCUAUGAUAUUUAUCGCGCUGUCGCUCGAUGCGAUUAGCGAUUUCUUCCGGGAGGUGAAGAGGCGCUGGACAGAGUGGCGAGCACCCAGGCCGCCGCCUAGUGAGAUACACGGCGGCAGCAGCAGCAACGAGAAAUUUGACGGGUUUACAGUCGAUGUGCAUGCUCUUGAGGCCGCACUCAGCACGCGCGGUAGACCAAGCAUCGAGAGCUAUCUCGAUGGCGGUGGGAGUCUGACGCUGCUGCCUGUUACGAGUCGAGGCACUGCGCCAUCGAGUCCGGGGAAGAAGCCUAUAAUUGUGAGUAAUGGCACGAAUGGGAGUGCCGCUAGGAGGGGAAGCUCGGCGGGACGUUCGGCGGCAAGGAGGCCUGGAUUCGCGGAGAGGAUGAGUACGGGUUUCAAGAUUAGGGGGAGUUUGGAUGUUGAACGGGGAACGUGA